CAGUCAUUCCAGGAAGUCACCUCUCAGACAGGUUCUUUCACUUUCCAGCCAUGGAGCCUCGGUACGGCCUGGUCCUGCUGGUCCUGCUGCUGCUCCAGACCCGCUGGGACCCGCUCCACGCCCUGCACCCAGGCGGCCUGUCCUCUGCUGGUCUGUCCCCUGGUGGUCUGUCCUUCGCUGUCCUGGCAGACUGGGGGGGGAUGCCCCUCCCUCCAUACUACACUCCUCAUGAACAGGAAGUGGCUGCAGUCCUGGACUACCUGGCCCGGUCCGAGGGACUCCACUUCGUCCUCAGCCUGGGAGACCACUUCUACUUCAGUGGAGUAGAGAGCGUGGACGACCCCCGCUUUAAGCACACCUUCGAGGGGGUCUUCUCCCAGCCGGCCCUGCUGGGGGUCCCCUGGUACCUGACUGGAGGCAAUCAUGACCACAGAGGCAACAUCUCGGCUCAGAUGGCGUAUUCCAAUGUGUCCCAGCGAUGGAACUACCCAGACCUCUACUAUGACCUCCACUUCAGAGUUCCAGUAGCGAACGUCUCGGUGAGCGUGCUGAUGAUCGACACGGUGGUCUUGUGUGGAAACACUUACGACCACCUGCAGCCUUCGGGGCCAGAGAGUGAGAGAGCGGCCGAUCGGCAGUGGGCCUGGAUCAACACCAAGCUGUCCGGCAGCAGGUCAGACUACCUGCUGGUGGCCGGUCACUUCCCCGUGUGGUCCAUAGGAAACCACGGCCCCACGUCCUGCCUGGUCAGCAGACUGCGGCCCCUGCUCAAGAAAUACAAAGUCAGUGCGUACCUGAGUGGCCACGACCAUGAUCUGCAGUUCAUCAGAGAGGAUGAUGGGAGCUCGUAUGUGGUGAGCGGCAGUGGGGUGGUCAGCGACCCGUCCACUCGGCACAGAGACAGCGUCCCUCUGUCCUGGCAGCUGUACUCCAGCCCCGUCAACGGCUCGGUGGGGGGUCUGGCCCACUUCCAGGUCACCGAGCGCCACAUGACGGUCAGCUUCCUGCAGACGGACCAGACGUGUGCGUUCCGCGCAGAGAUCCCCCGCCGCUCCACCUGAGGGCGCUGCGCUCACCUCCAGUGUCUCUCAGUGUUUAGACUUCAUUGCAAUUCUUUGCACAAUGUUUACUGUCAUUACCUCAUAAUUACUUUAUGGAUCUAUUAGUAAAAUCUUUGAUUUCAGUUUUUAUGUCCGAGCGGUCCUCCAAUUCCGGAAAGUGUUGGAACUUUGAGUAAAAUAAAGACAAAAUGCAAUUAGCAGACCACAUGUUGACAGUUGAUCCUGUUGUUUCUGAGGACAGUGGAAUCAGAUUUGGUCUUUUGGGUUUAUGACCUUUAACCUCAGUGGACUUCAGCUUCUCAAGUGUACGUUGAAAUGCGUGUGUUGCUGUGUGUUGAUGUUGUGUUGAUCGUUGUUUUUGCCAUGUGCUGAUUGUUGUGUUGAUUGUUGUGUUGAUUGCUGUGUUGCUGUGUGUUGAU